GCGCCCGGCGGGCCAAGGGUUAAGAGCAGCUGAGCCGCCUUCCUAGAGAGGACGGGAAAUGGCGGGGGCGGGUCUUCCGGAGGCGCCCCUCUUGUCUCCUCGGAGUUCCCAGGGCACAUUACAACAUUAAAACUAUAUUUUAAACAGAUUUUAAAAAGCUUGCUGUCACAGAAACAAGGAUCUGUUUGCCGAAAUGGGCCCUGAUUCCUGUGAGGCAGAGAAGACUCCGUUGGACACCAGAGGGAGGCCGCUGGGUGACAGAAGGAUGCCCCCAAGACCUCCUCAUCCAUCUUUUCAUGGUAGUGGAGGAGAAGCAGCAACCGUGGAGACAGAUCAGGGUCCUCUGUGCUUUGAAGAUGUCGCUGUGUAUUUCACAGAGGAGGAGUGGGGGUUGCUGGAUCCUGACCAGAGAGCUCUGCAUAAGGAAGUCAUGGAGGAGAAUCGUAGGAUUGUGGACUCUCUCAGUAAGGCUUCCUGCUGGAUCAUAGUAUCUGUUUUGAAAUCCAAUACAUAUCUAUAUGUGAGGAAUUUUCAAUAUUUUGAUGGAGCACAACAGCACCACCACCAACAUUUGGGAUUCUAAUUCCCCCACAGCUCACCUUAAAUGGAGAGCUAUCUACCAUUUGGUCUGACAAUAUUCUUCCUCCACAUAUGGCUUCUUAAACCAUGUUCAUGCUGGUCUUCACAUGCUGGUGAGGGAAGUUAAAAUAGCUUCUGUCAGGUUUUUUUGUCUCUGCUUCUGUUGGCCUUUGGUUGACCAAAGCGACAACUGACUUUGCAAAUGGCAGAGAUUCCAUGAUUGGGCCAAACAUAAUCUAUCCUGGAAGGUGCCCGGCUCUGGUCCCCAUCAGUGUGUAUGUUAAUGAGCAUCAACAAAGGCAGUAAAGCUUGUAGUAAGGGUAUUGUUCAAUAAUUUGGGGCUCCAUUUCUUCCUGAAGUUCUAAUCCAUUUCUCUCUUUGAUGCAGGUGGUGGAUUGGAAAUCAUGAGCAAUAGAGACCAUUACAAAAUUGACACAGGAGAGACCUCCUAUUCCACAUCCCAUCAAAUAAAUCCCAUUGGGAAGAAUCACUAUCAGUGCUUGGAAUGUAGAAAGACUUUUAGUCGGAAGGAUAGUCUCACAGCCCAUCAAAGAACACACAGUGGGGAAAAACCCCAUCAAUGCUUGCAAUGUGGAAAUAGCUUCAGUCAGAGGUGCAAUCUGGUGUCGCAUCAGAAAAUUCAUACAAGGGAGAGACCAUAUCAGUGCUUGGAAUGUGGAAAGAGCUUCAGUCACAGCUUCAAUCUCACUUCCCAUCGAAGAACUCACAGUGGGGAGAAACCAUAUCAGUGCUUGGAAUGUGGGAAGAGAUUCCGUUUCAGUGGCUCGCUCACUCUCCAUCAAAGAAUACAUACAGGAGAAAAACCAUAUCAGUGCUUAAAAUGUGGAAAGAGCUUCAGGCAAAGUUCUAACCUCAUGGCCCAUCAAAGAAUUCAUACAAGGGAGAAACCGUAUGAGUGCUUGGAAUGUGGAGUGAGCUUCUGUCAAAAGGCUAAACUCACAUCUCAUCAAAUAAUUCAUAAAGGGGAGAAACCAUAUCAGUGCUUGGAAUGUGAAAAGAGCUUCAGUCGGAGGUCCCAUCUCACUUCCCAUCAGAAAAUUCAUACAAGUAAGAAACCCUAUCAGUGCUUGGAAUGUGAAAAGAGCUUUUGUCAAAGGGCUAAGCUCACUUCUCAUCAAAGAAUUCAUACAGGGGAGAAACCAUAUGAAUGCUUGGAAUGUGGAAAGAGAUUCACCCAUAAGGAAAGUCUUGCAUCCCAUCAAAGAAUUCAUACAGGAGAGAAACCAUAUCAGUGCUUGGAAUGUGGAAAGAGAUUCACCCAUAAGGAAAGUCUCACUUCCCAUCUAAGAAUUCACACAGGGGAGAAACCAUAUCAGUGCUUGGAAUGUGGGAAGAGAUUCACCUAUAAGAACAGUCUUACUUCCCAUCAAAGAAUUCAUACAGGGGAGAAACCUUAUCAGUGCUUUGAAUGUGGAAAGAACUUCAGUCAGAAAGCCAAGCUCACAGCUCAUCUAAGUGUUCAUACAGGGGAGAAACCAUAUCAGUGCCCCGAAUGUGGAAAGGGCUUCAAUCGCAGCUCCAAUCUCAGUUGCCAUCUAAGAACUCACAGCGGGGAGAAACCCCAUAAGUGCUUAGAGUGUGGAAAGAGCUUCAGUCACAGCAGCUCUCUCUUUUUCCAUCAAAGAAUUCAUACAGGGGAGAAACCAUACCCAUGCUUGGAAUGUGGAAAGUGUUUCACUAGGAAGGAACGUCUCACUUCCCAUCAAAUAACUCACAGCGGGGAGAAACCCCAUAAAUGCCUUGAAUGUGGGAAAGGCUUCAUUCAGAAGGCUAAGCUCACAGCCCAUCAAAGAAUUCAUACAGGGGAGAAACCUUAUGAAUGCUUGGAAUGUGGAAAGAGCUUUGGUCAGAGGGCUAAGCUCACAGCCCAUCAAAUAAUUCAUACAGGAGAGAAACCCUAUAAGUGCUUGGAAUGUGGAAAGAGCUUCAAUCAGAAAGCUAAGCUCAUGGCUCAUCAAAGAAUACAUACAGGAGAGAAACCACAUCAGUGCUUAGAAUGUGGGAAGAGCUUCAGUCAGAAAGCUAAGCUCACAGCUCAUCAAAGGAUUCAUACGGGAGAGAAACCACAUCAGUGCUUGGAAUGUGGGAAGAGCUUCAUUUGGAGGGCCACACUCACUUCCCAUCAAAGAAUACAUACAGGGGAGAAACCAUAUCAGUGCUUGGAAUGUGGAAAUUGCUUCAGUAGAAAGGAACAUCUUAUUUCCCAUCAAAGAAUUCACAGUGAGGAGAGACCAUAUCAGUGCUUGGAAUGUGGAAAGAGCUUCAAAUGGAAAAAAAGUCUCAGUUUCCAUCAAGGAGCUCACAGCAGGGAGAAUCAUAGUAUUUGAACAUGGCUAUCACAUAUCCUUUGACUUUCCAGGCUAAACAUAUGGAAAUCCCUUGAACGGUCCUCAUAAGGAACCUCUGGGAUUAAAAAUAAUAAUAUUUAUACCCCACCCAUCUGACUGGGUUUCCCCAACUACUCUUGGCAGCUUACAGCAUAUAUAAACCAUAGUAAAAUAUAAAACAUUAAAGACUUUCCAAUGUCUUCUAAAAGUUAUGUAGUUCUUUAUCUCCUUGAGAUCUGAAGGGAGGGCGUUCCACAGGGUGGGCACCACUACCAAGAAAGCAUUCUGCCAGGUUCCCUUUAGGUUCCCUCUUGCUGUGAGGGAACCAGCAGAAGACCCUCAGAGGAGGACCUCAGUCAACAUGCUGUAUGUGCUUGAUAUCUGGUUGGAGAAUUCGGUAUUGGCUCCUUCAGGAACAGCCAACAGUUUAUUCCAUUCUCCACCAGUGUAGUUCCGAAUGUUGUCUUCUCCACCAGUAGCAUGACAUCAGAAGUUGUCAUGCUGUUGAACGAUCUGUCUUGGAUGUGGGAGCCCAGAGUGAUGCUGAGUAAGAGCCUUUGGUCCCUGUUGAAUGUAAGACAGCUUGACAGCGGCCUCAGGUGAUCUUGCACCCAAAGGUGGGAGCUGAGGAGAUCAUCUUCAUUGGAUCAUAGAAUUGUAAGGGACCCCAAGGAGCAUCCAGUCCAAUCCCUUGAAAUGCAGGAACAGAGAAUAGACUCAGCAGGCAGGAGGGUGUUUUAUAAAGAAGGUACCAGUCCAGAGGAGCCUGAGACCAUCAGAAGGGCCCUGCUGUUUCCACAUUGGCUAACCAGGUGUCCAUCAUGGUUUAUGAGAGAGGCUGGAUCAAUGGCAAUACUUGCAGCUGCAACAUGUUUUAACAUCUUUAUUUGGACCAGCAGCUUUUACAGAAUCUAAGACACCUGAGAUAUUAGAACAAUUGGCUAAAUCCUUUGAGACUAAAAAGCCAGGGAUUGUUUUCUAUAGAUACCUGGUUUCACUCAAUCAAUUUGACAUACAAAACCUGAGAAACGAACAGAAUAAAGAACUGGAGGUUCCUGUCUCAGCCCGUCAGUGGGACAAAGUUUUAACUUCGGUAGCUCAUGUUUCAUUAGAUUAUGAAUCAUGUCUUAUACAACAAAAAAUAAUGUUGAUAAUUUAUUGGAUGCAAUGUAUGACACUUGCACAUUUUGGGAGGGAGGAAAGUAUUAUGCUGUAUAAAUACUACUUUGGGGGCAGGGAAUUGAAAUUGUCAGGGGAUAAUAUUACCCUAAACCACAUACCAACAACUAUAUGUGGACGACUAACGCCCUUCCUUCUUCUGAAAGACUGAAAUUGAUUCUAAUGUAAAAUGUGGAUAUUUAAAUAGACAUUAGAUAUAACUUUUGACUUUGUUCUAACUGUUCCAGUAGUAAUUGCAUUUAACCUUCCGAUAGAAUGCAUCAGUGAAUGAUUCCUGUGUGGCUGCAUUUUGUAACCCUCACGCUUUCUUCCUACGCUGUGUGAACAUUGCAUGGGCUUCUAGGAGGGAAAUGGAUGUUUUGCCAAAGGGUUACGUGUGGAGUUAGCAUCUGGGGAAGAACUAGUAUUUCUCCUGGAAGCUAUGUGAGGCCCAGAGAGAGGAGAGAAAAUUCUGGUCCUCGUCCCUUCUCACUGAUGGUCUGGUUGCUAAGAAAACUGUCCGAUGAGUUGUAAGAUAAGACCUAACGGACCAGGAGUAUGCUAGAUAAAUAAGGGAAAUGAUAUCAGUAUAGAGCCAUGCGUGUUUACAUCCCAUGUCCUGCAAUCUUUCCAAUGUGUGUAGUAGGAUGUUUUGAUGUUUAUGAUCCUGUAUUUUAUGACUCUCUGUGUGCUGUGUUUGAAAGUCUUGUCUGAGCUUUGUUCUGAUGUGCCUCGUGGCAGUCCUCUUCUUCACUGGCAGUACAACUAGAACAACCAUGUUCUAGUCUAUAUUUGCCUAUGGCAAAUAUAAUAUCUUGAAUGCAUUUAUAAAAAUAACCGGUCUACUUGUUUACCCCUAUAUUGUAUUGUAUCGUGUUUCAAAUAGUUCAUUUUGCUUUGUUUUGACCUUUCUCCACCUUUUUAACUUCAUUUCUCUACCGAAACCUUCAAUAAAGUAUCAGUAUUAAAGGGGGGGGGCAUAAAAGAAAAAGUGCCACCCCAAAGUACA